AUGGCUCAUUUCGAUUUAGCAGAAGAUGGAGGUGCAGGCAGUUACUAUGCGGCGCUGCCAGGCACCUCUGGCGCCGGCUUUGUCCAACACAACACGCUGCCCAUCAAGGCCAAAUUCUUUGCUUCCAGGAAAGAGGUGGCAGGAUGCCACCCCAGUCGCUGGAUCUACGAACUCAUUCACAACCGCUUCACCGUCUGCGACCUCUUCGACCGAGCCCGAGCCCAGAACGCCGAAUUUGAUAGCCCAUACGCGUGGGACCACCCCCAUAAGCUCGUCAUCAACGGCAAGCAAAGCUACUCAACCGGCUCAGAACAUGUCCUUUCUUCAAUAUGUCUAGACUGCCACUUCCACUUCGUCUUCAAGAUGGCCUGGGAUGAGGAACACACUCCAUCGCUUUGCCACCAUUCGCAGACAGCUUGGCCGCUCCCAGAUAACAUGUUUCCAUGGCAUCAUCUUGCAUGGGCGGGCUCUGCAUCGCCAGGAAACAUUGCCAGCGACCACUGCCGUUACAACCCCAUCCUGGCUAGAGAAUACUUUAUCUGCAGCGCUGCACCCUGCACCUUCCAAAUGACGUUGGAGAUCAGCGAGCCCCGGAUGCACAGUAAGUGGGUGACGCUGCUUCUCGACCACGAAGCAAUUCGAAAGCAGCUUGAUGCUGCUAAAGAGCAGGAUCCAGCCAGAUACGAGGGAGCCACCGAUGAAUGGGCUUAUCAGGCGCCACUCAAUCUUAAUACAUAUCUGAAAAACCAGUUGGAAUCAACUGCCGAAACUGUCCGAAGCAUAUCAAAGCGUAACAAGCGCUUCUCUGUUCUCUUUGGGCCACGAUGCUUUUCCAUCUUCAGAGAGCUAGAGUUUGAGGAAAAGAUAGAAGACAGCUCCGGCAUCGACGAAGGAUCUUUUACGCCACGACCUGCCGCCCCCCCCGGCGGCCCUUCAGGUACCACCGAGAUGAACACGUAUCGAGCCUAUCUUGAAGACGUCCGGGCAGAGGUCCAGUGCCUAAUACACAAGGCGGGACAAGCUGUCGAAAAGCCCACAUUCUGUACUCCAAUGCUGCAUGGCGUCCUUCAAUGUGCCGAGGUCAAGGAUGUCGAAUCCAACGCAUUGGUUGGCACAGAUAGAUACAGGCUUUUAGGUGUGUUGCCUACACAAGGCAGAGAAAUCAUUGUCAAUGCGUACAAGCGACAAUGGGACCUUUUGCCUUCGUCUCGGAAAGAGCUCAUUGAUGCUCUCCUGAAUGUCGCCAAUGACGCCCAAGACGAUCUUCUUAUUGAGUACGCUGUGACGCAAUCAUCCGUUUACGAGAGUCAGCCACGCCAGCAAGCCGUCACCGAUGAUGGCGGAACUGUUUCGCAGUCAAUGUCAUAUUUUGGUCUUGCCCCGCCAAACAACUACCCCGCUGAAGCCAUCAUCCGGGCUUUUCGAAAGAAAUUGGCCGAUGACCCUGCCGAAGCCGGUACAACCAGGGCCCUGCUCAUGAUGAUUGCCUCGGAGUCCCAAGAUGAUCAUUAUCAGGCAGAUCUGCUUAUGGAAGCCGAUCAAAAAAUGUCUCUUGAGACUGCCAAGUACGUCAUCGGCCUUAAUGACACAUCAAAUAUCAUCUCCGACGCUGUUCCCGCCACUCGCUGCAAGCUUCAACAAUGCAAAAAAGCAGACGAGAAGAAGCUCUAUUUGGACGCCCUCGACUCAAUCGCUGAACAUACCGGGUCACUGUCUCUGAAGCAGGCAGCCCUAGAACUGCUCCAUGACAGUAAUACAAGUACUACAGUGUGCAGUGCCGGCUCUGGUGCUCCUGUUGACUUGUCGCUGCCUGUUGGUCUUGACAAUAUUGGAAACACAUGCUACCUCAACAGUUUGCUGCAAUAUCUUUUUACGGUAAAGCCUGUACGAGACGUUGUUUUCAACUAUGACGACAUCAAACUCGGACUGUCCGAAGACGCCAUCGAAAAUCGUCGCAUCGGCGGGAACAAGAUGCAAAUGGACAGAGGGGAAGCUGUCGUCGCAGAUGCUUUCGCCCAGGAACUAGCUGCUCUCUUUGAAACUUUGCAAAGGUCGGAAAAGACGGCAACCAGGCCAUCUCAGCGUCUAGCUAACGCUGUUUUGUUAUCGACACACACAUUGCUGAACAGUGAGAAGACGAAUGAUCGACAAAGUAGUCCCCUGCCUCCACCACUCCCGUCGAGACCCCCUCCAGAGCCCAUUGCUUUAUCCGGAGAAGGCUCAAGCGACGUCGACAUGCUCAACUUGGAUAAUCAACGUACGGCGCCGCUGGAUACAGCUAGUCUAUCUAGUACCAAGACACUAGUUGAGCACGAAGAAGCAAGCUGUGGUCCUUCAGACGGGUGUGUCGAAGAGAUUUCAGGGCCAAAUGGUCACACAAUACCACCCGCAGCGAAUACGAGCAGCGGAGAGGAUGCAGUCAUGGUGGAUGGUGCUACACUACCUACGAAACCAAGCGAAAUCACGCAAGUCCAGAAGCCACCGCCUGCACUGGAUAGAAUCACCACUGAUGUCGAGAUGGUUGAUCCAGACGCUUCUGGGACCAUUGAUCACAAGGUACUCGGCGCACUUGAACACCAGAAGCGAUCUUCAGGCACAGAUCAACAGGAUGUCGAGGAGGUGAUGGGCAGUAUCAUCAAUCGCUUGCAAGCUGCUAUUCGGCCCAGCUCCGUCGACGAUAAAACUGGCAUCCAGCUUGAAAGUUUGAUGGAGACUUUUUUCGUCACGACAGUCAAUUAUACCAAAAAGUUCGACGAGACAAAGUAUCAGCACGAGGUCAGCUUUGAUAGGUCUAUCACAGCUUUUCCAGCCGAGAAUGGGCCAUGUACGCUGUACGAUGCACUCGGCAAGAACUUUGACCAGCAGAUUUUGGAAGAAAGCAAAUUGUCUCGAUACACCACUAUUAGAACGUUACCGCCUAUUCUGCAUGUGCUGAUUCAGCGCACACAGUCAAACGGUAGCAAAAACGGCAAUCCUGUCAUCAUCCCCGAGACUCUGUGGCUGGACCGAUUCAUGGAUACCGAUCAUGAUUCGCCAGCUUUCCAGCGACGCGUUGAGGACUGGAUCAUGGCAAAGCGUGUUGCUGAUAUCAAGGCAGACCAGGCGAAGCUGGAAGCUAACCCCUCCUACUUGAGAGCGCUUGAGCAUUACUCAGCGGUCAAGCCUGUGGCUCUCGGCCAGCCUGAAAACGAAGACGAUGCUCCGACAGAGGUAGAAACCUUUGAUUUUGAUGGCCCUGUAGAAAAUGACUUUUUGCUCAUUUCUCCUCCCAAGUCCGCCGCCCAUGAACAGGUGGAGGCUCCCAUUCCCAAGGUCACGGGUGUGUACGAAACUUACCGCCAGGUCACGCAGAUGAUGGAAGACGAGCUGGCUCGUUGUGAAAGUACGAUUGCAGCACACCAUGAGGAAAUGAGAGAGAUCCCCUACCGACUCCACGCUGUCAUCUGUCACCGUGGUCAGCUCAUGUCUGGCCACUAUUGGGUAUGGAUUCGCGACUUUGAGGAUGAUGUGUGGCGAUGGUACAACGACGCCGAUGUCAAGGAGAACAAGAAGACUGAGGAGGUUCUACGUACUCUUAGCACCAGCGGCGAGCCCUACUAUUUGUGCUAUGUACGUGACGCGGACAAGGACAAGUACGUCAACGUUCCGAAGCGCGAGCAGCCCCCUCAGCCGGAGCCGGAGCCGGAGCCUGAGCCAGUGCCGGAGCUUGUGCCAGAGCUUUCGCCAGAUUGUGUGCCCGAGGCAGAGGCGACAUCGGCGGGGAGUAUCACGCCGGCUGCGGGUGAGUCCACGGAGCCCGCCGCGGCCCAGACUGAAAAGCUUGUGGACGAUACAGUCCCUGAGGAAGCAGCACCGACAACCGAGCCUGCGCAUUAA